UUCCAUCUCGUCAUUCCCAAGACGUCAACGCGAGUCGAAAGGUCGCAAACGAAAAAAUUUUCCUCCGUCGCGAGCAAAGAAAAAAAAGCAAACCCCGAUUCCCUGUUGUGCCGUCGUGUUCCGUUGCAUUCCGUCGUGUUUCCAAUUCCGGUUCCGGUUACUUUCCACUAGCGUCAUUUGCCAAGCUAGCGAGUGCGAAAUCCAGCUACGCGACCGUUCCAGAUGGUGUGUUGACCAGCUACUCCAAGUGAUUCCCCGCUUCCCACCCUUCCGGAAGAAGCAAACUCGCUAUUACGUCUCUAGUUAUUUUUCUUACAACACUUCUGUUGCUUUCCCCUCCCCCCGCGGGGCAGUGAUAAAAUUGUGUGUGCACUCUUGUGUGUGUGUGUGUGAUUGCGUCAGCGCGUCUGUGUGAAAACAAAAACCCAAUCCGGAACACACCAUGGCCGAAGAGAAGAUCAUCCCGGAAACCAGCGGCGGCGGCGGUGAGCCGGAGGAGGUUGGCUUCCUGGCCAGCGUCAUCAACGAGAUCAUCUACAGCCCGCUGAAUCUGGUGCUGGUGGCCAUCAUCACCAUCCUGGUGUACAAGAUCUUCCGCAGCCGGCAGCAACCGGCCGCAGCACCGCCGCCGGAACCGGAACUGCCGCGCCUCAGGAAGGACUUUACGGUGGCGGAGCUGCGGGCGUUCGACGGCAACCAGCCCGACGGGCGGGUGCUCGUGGCCGUCAACGGAACCGUGUAUGAUGUAACCAAGGGAAAGCGAUUCUACGGACCCGGUGGCCCGUACGCAGCCUUCGGCGGCCGGGACGCGUCCCGCGGUCUCGCCACGUUCAGCGUGACCAGCAACGACGCGGCCGAGUGGGACGACCUGAGCGACCUGUCCCCGAUGGAGAUGGAAUCGGUGCGGGAGUGGGAGAUGCAGUUCAAGGAAAAGUACGUCCUAGUUGGUCGCCUGCUCAAGCCGGGUGAGCAACCGACCAGCUACUCGGACGAGGACGAGGACACCCCGAACGAGUCGUCCACUCCGACGACGGCCAGCAAAACAGCCGCACCAGCAACCCCUUCAUCGCCAAAGAAGACUGCUCCGGUGGCGACGGCCACAAGUGACGACGCUCCCUCCAAGGCGGAAGAUGUGGUGGCGGCGCCGGCCGGAAGCGGUGACGGCGGAAAGGCCAAGGACGAGUGACGCCUCGAUGGCGGCAACCGGGGAAGGAACAGCAGCAGCAGCAGCAGCAGCAAUAGCAGAAGAAGAGCAAGAAGAAGUGGGGGUGACGAAAGUGACGAUAGUGACGACGACGAGGGGGAGACAACAGUCCACAAUAGGCCAUUCCUGGAUCAGCACAGCAUUUGCGAUAUGUUUGGAUUUUAACAUAGAUUUAACAACAGUCAGAGAGAGAGAGAGAGAGUUGAGUUUUUUUUUCUGGGUGGGGGAGGUCAGCAGUCAGAGCAGAUAGAGUUGGUUAUUUUUAUAACUCGGUUUUUUAGCGACAAGAAAACAGAAGAGAUAGGAAGAACGUCCUCGAAAAGAGCGAAAGUUUGUGAGCCGGAGGAAAAUUAGUUGCAUGUUUUAGGGUGGAUAAGAUUUGCACAUAAAAACAAAAUGGCUUUACAAAACAAAACAAAAAAAAACAUGUUCGCGUCCUGUGUGUUGUA